GUGUCCCCCGUUGAUUGUCAGGAUGGUAUUUGGUAUUCCAAGUCAAAAAAGAUCUCCAUUUCUUUGCAGGAUCUCCUCUCCUCUCCUCCCCACUCCACCGGGAUCCCCCGCAAGUUUUGCUUGCCCCGACCCGACCCAGAUCCAAAGCGUCCUCCAUUCCAUUUCCCCCGCAACCACGCCUCUUUGGAUCCUUCCCUCUCCCGUCCCCUACUAGGAUAGGAGGCGUCCUCACCUCCCCCCGGAUUGCAGUUGCAGACCCAUUCGGACCUGUGUUGAUUUCUUCUUGUGAUUGAUUGGUUCUUGGUUCUUGCGGCGGCUUUGCUGCGUGGCGUGGUGGAGUAUUUUCGAAAGAUCUUUGGGAGUUGGUUCAGCUGAACCCCCAUGCCCUCGCGUUAAAUGGGGUCUCUUUUGAAUAGGACCGGCGUGCUGCCCUGGCUCCAAACCAGGAUUGUUGAUCCCGUGCUGCAGGUCAUAAGAAGGGGAGCAGAACCAAAGCAACUGGCCUUCUCUGCUGCCCUUGGUGUCACUAUUGGAAUCUUUCCGAUAUGCGGGACCACUGUUAUUCUCGGCGGUGUUGCUGUAGCAAUGUUGGGAGGUCGUUGCAAUGCUGUUACUGUUAUGGUUCUAAAUUUGGCCGCCACUCCUCUUGAGCUAAGCUUGAUAAUCCCUUUCUUGCGUUUGGGAGAAGCAGUCACGGGCAGUGCGCACUUCCCCUUGACGGCUGACGCAUUGAAGAAUGUCCUCACUGGCCAUGCCUCGAAGGAUGUGCUACUGAGCAUCGUCCGUGCGAUGCUGGGUUGGCUGAUUGCUGCACCAUUUGUACUUGGCGCGUUGUACGCCGUCUUGAUCCCUUGUUUCAAGAUUCUGGUUGACAAGUUUGGCAGCACGCCUUUGAGCCCCAGGACACCAAUCAAGGCGGUCUAGUGUAGCCCUUUCGCGCUAGUGACAUGUCCAAUUCUCCUGAAGCCGUGUAUACAAAUUCGUUGUGAUGCCAUCAGGUUGAGAUGGUUCCGGCAUCAUUUCGCUCGGCCAUCCCAGGCACCGGUCAAUAACUUGGACUCUGAUUGGGGCAUAUGCUCUGUAAUUCUGUAUGCUGGUUUCCUGGCUUCAUAUACUGAGAUGUGUAAUUCAGAAUUUUCUAAGUCUGAAUAAAUGAACGAAAAAUGCCUCGGCAAUUUGGAA